AUGAAAGGCAUGUUAGCCUCUAUGGACUCGGAAAUAAGUGCCAUCGAUGACACUACAGAUUUGGUUUCACCUUCUUCAUCACCCUCUUCAUUUCCAUCACAACCUACCUCUCCAUCUUCAUCUACAACAAUAGCUUCAUCACCACCAAUAACAAUAUUGGAAGAAAAAGAAGAGGAAAAAUCAGCAAAUGAUUACUUGAUGGAAUUUGAUGAUUUCUUCUCGAGACCGAAUAGAAACCGAUCGAAUGCUCACCGAUUCGAACCUGUACAUUUAAAGAGAGGACUCAACAGGAAAACUCUGAUAAUUUCCAAUUCAUCAUCAUUGUCAGCGUCCAUUAGUGAUGCUGCCAAUACGAGUAUUGGUACUGUUGUUAACAAGGAAGAAGAGGAAGCAGCAUUGGAAGAAGAAAAGGCAUUUGUUAAAUCUGAUGUUAUUUACAUGUUUGAAAUUGUGAGAGAGAAUGCAAAGAAAAUUAAUUUAAAUAUUGACAAUGAACAAAAUAAGGAUAGAAAUGUCUUGUUGGAUGAAUUGUUGAAUCAAUCGAGAUAUUCAUUUUGUGUUUCUUCCAAAUCAAGUGAUGAAGUUUGUGGACAACAUUUGCUGCCAAAUGUUGAAGAUUUCUCAACUGUCAGAGUACAAUUGAAGAAGGAAUACUCAGAUACUUUGGAUAUUUCUAAAUUUCAUUCUGUAUUUUCACAAUACGAAACUUCUUUUUUCGUUAGUGAUCAACAUAUUUGGGUUGCUGGUUGUAAUGAUGAUUAUAGAUUGGGGUUAGGUCACAAUAUGCCUCUCACUGUUGUGCCAUCUCUUCUCCGUUACAAUUUCAAGAAUAGAAAAGUAAGAAAAAUAUGUAUUCUCAAGAGGUCCACAGUUUUUCUCACCGAUGACUACAAUGCAUAUGCUUGUGGUUUGAAUAUUUUCGUCAAGGGGCCUUACGAUACCAAACCAAAUUCACUCCAUCUCGACAGUAUUACACAUUUAACAAGUGGAAUUGUGGAUGCUGUAAAUACAGAUGACAGUGUUUUCUUCUUGACUGCUGAGGGAACAGUCCUUGUCGCUGGUGAUACAGAAACAUUGACACCUUUUUUGGCUACCUUGACAGAACCUCAAAAUGCAGUAGUUGCCAGUAACUUAUGUAUUAGAGUACUGACCAGUUUGUUUGGAAAGGAAAUUAUCAAAAUUUCAUGCAGUGAUGAUGAUGGUUUAACAUUGAUGUGUUUAGCCAAGGACAGACAAACCAUUUGGGGAUUGGGAAAUAAUAUGAGUGGAAUAUUCGGAGUCGGAUUGGCUAGAACCUUUAAUGGACCUAAGGAAAUAACGUUCUUUAAGGAAAAUGGAAUAGAAAUUGAGGAUUUGAAAUGCAGUAAAUUUGGAGAAUGUUUUUUCCUUACGCAGAACGGUAAAGUUUAUCAAACAGGAGGCUCGUCUGAUUUUUACAUCCCAAAACAAAUAUUAAUCGAGCAUAACAUUGUUUCCGUGGAUGAAGAUACCAUAUUCAAGAAUUCCCAUGGUAGAUUUUUGUACAGUUGUGGCUUGACCAAAGCUGUUGGGGUAUACAAGUAUUUCAAUGAAAGGUUCCAAAUUGCCCACAAUGCAUUCAUGCAUUUUACCGAGACUGCAAACAUUUCAACACCAGAGAGUUUAAACAUUUUCACACUCGACAAGAAGAAGAUCAAAUCUGGAGAGCUUGUUGUCGUACCAAAGGCUCUGCUCUUUGGAUGUCGUCACUAUUUUGACUCUACGAAGGAGCUCCCUCCUGAACCAGUUGAGAAAUCCAUGUCUCAUUUCUCAAAGACAACUAUUGGGGGCACAACAUUUUUCGAAAUGAUGGCUUCCCAUAGUGGAAAUUUACCUUCUGGUCUUCAUAAUCCAGAGGCAAACUAUGUAACAGUACCUUCAAAUAUCAUAAUGACAUCUUUAUUUAUCAGUUUUAUUAACAGCCAGCCAGCUUAUAAGCUAUUGGUUGGAGAGUUCAAUUCUUCAGAUUAUGAAUCAAUGUUUUACAAUAAGCAAAUUCCUGAGAGUGCUGAAAGAGAUUUAAAAACUCUUUCGGAAUUUUUGGGUAUUGAUUCUUUUAACAAACUAUUCGUAACCAAUCACAUUAUUUCUAAAAAUUUUGACAAAGAAAAUGCCUUACUGACCUCUAAUGAGGAACUUUCCAAGAGAGAAAAUUUUGAGAUUUAUCACCACAUUUCCGACCUUUACAAAUCCAUCACAUCAAGCAACAGCAUUGAGGAGGAUAAGGAACAAUUCAGAGAAAAUCAUUUCAGCAACAUGAAGCCCCACGUUCUUUCAAAGGAAAUUCAAUUUUGUUUUGAGAAUAACAUGACAGUAUGGAUAACAGAGUUGUACUAUUAUAUUGCGGAUCAAUCAAAAUAUACUGAUACAGAUAUUGUAAACACCCUCAACGUUGUACAAAAUGUAAUUCCAACAACAUUUGAAGAGAUGAGAUCUUACUGCUUCCAAAUUCUAAAUCUAACUAAUGUGAAGGAAAAUAGGAAGGACGUGUUCCGUAUGCUAAAGAACACUCCUUUCAAUUAUGUUUCAAAAGCAGAAACUGUCUUUAUAGCCAUCACAAUUUGUUUAGCUGUCAAACUAUUAUCAAAGAAGGAAGCAUUCACCAAAUCAUUCUGCAAUGUAGACUCUGAGCAGCACAUUUUAUUAUCAGCUAUUUUGAGUUCACAUGAGGAAUCUAUUUCAAAAUUUUUCCAAAAGGAGGGAUUUUCUGGACCAAAUACUCUUAACAAGAGAAUUUCAGAAAAACAAGUGUCAAACUUUAUCAGUACACACAUGUGGAAUUUUGGAAUUACUCUUAUUAGGGAAUUGAACAAGCUUUCAAUAGAAAACAAGGGGUUGCUUUUGCUAAAGCAUCUUAUCAUGAAUUGCCUUUCUACUGAUGGACCAAAGUGGAAACCUCCAAAUAUGGUCGUCUAUGGAAACCACUAUAUCAUUUUGAAAAAGAUGGGAGAAGGAACUGAAGGAGCAGUUUUUAAAUGUUUUGACAGAACUACUCAUUCAUUUGUAGCCCUUAAACGAUGUACUGAAGUUAUGGAUCAGGAUAAAAUCAAGGAAAUGAAUAGACAUUUGGAUCUAGUUAUGAAAAUAUCUGAUCACAAGAACUUGGUAACAAUUGUAAAGAAAUUCGUAGAGAGAAAAGGAGAAAUGUUCAAUGAUUAUGGACUCAAUGUAGUAAUGAACUUUAUCCCUCACGGAACUCUUUUUGAUCAUUUGAAUCAGUAUAGAAACGAUCCAAAUUAUUUACAUUACCCAGAGUGGCUUUCGUUUGCAAUUGACAUUUCAACAGGAAUAGACCAGCUCCAUUACCAAAAUUUCAUCUAUAGAGAUUUGAAAUCUGAGAAUAUUCUUCUUGAUUCCGAAAAGAAUGGUAAACUAUUCUGUAAGAUUUCAGAUUUCGGUUUGUUGACAAGAUGGGAUCCAAGAGCAAGUGUCAGUAGAAAGGGAACACCAUUAACAAUGGCUCCUGAAUAUAUGGAUUCUAAUCUUAAAAUUGACAGGUCAGGUGAUAUAUUUUCGUUGGGAUGUGUAUUCUAUGAGUUAUUAACUCUAGAAAGAGAUUUGACAAUCAACGGUCAAAGAUUCCUAAUGCAUGAAGCAAUUAGAAACAAUCAAGCGGCGACCCAUUUCAGACUUUGUAAGACAUUGGAGAGAAAUGGAUUCCCUCCACUCGUACAAAGACUGGUAAUUUCCAUGCUUCAAAGAAAGGCCUAUCUCAGACCUCAAGCUUAUCAAGUCGUAAGAAUAUUAGAAUCGUUUAGAGAUAAUGGAUUUUUCACAUUGGAGAAACAAUUAGAACAAAUAUUACUUCCAGUUCCAGUUACCAAUCCUACAAGUGAGGCUGUUCCUAAAGAUGAUAAGAAGAGAUACUCGUCUGUUCUUCUCAAUGGAAGAUACAAAAUGAUAAGAAAGAUUGACAUUGCUGGUUUAGAAUCUGGUAUUAUAAGUUUCCUUUGUGCUGAUAUCAAGAAUAAUGACAAGGAAGUUGCCACAUUCAUGUUUUUACACUUUGGAGUAUUUUGUAAAAAUCUCUUGCAAUAUCAGUUCCAUCAUGAACAUAUUGUUCAAAAGGUAGAGGAAUUUACAGAUGAGAGGAGUUUUUACAUUAUUACUACUCAUUUGAAAGGAGGAAACUUAUUGGACUUUUGUAAAUCAAAUAAGCUCACAGAGGAAAAGAUUGUUUCCUCUCUUCUCAAGAAUGCGAUGGCUCAACUGUGUGAUGCAGUAGUUCAUAUUCAUGAGAGAAAGAAAGUUCACUUGGGUUUAUGUUGUGAAAACAUUCGUUUCCAUCUCUCCUCAUGGCAGAGUAUGGAAAUUAUGAUUUCAGUAUUGGACUCUGUCAUGGAUGUUUCAGAAUUAGAAAAAGGCAUACCUAAUCAAUUGUUAUAUAAUGUAUUUAUUCCUGAAUAUCAUUGCAGACACAACGAUAAGGAAUUAUCUUUUGCUUCGGAUAUAUUUUCAUUAGGAUUGAUUUUCUAUCAAUUAAUAACCAGAGAUUUGAAAACAACCUUCAGAGUCAUGACAGAAACUGAAAUGAAUGCUUCAGUCGAAGAACAAUUGAAACUCCACUCAACAAACGAAGAACUCAUCCAAUUAAUUAUUGAAAUGUUGAGCUGGGAACCUUCCAGAAGACCUAAUGCCAAACAGAUUAAAUCUCGUUUACUUUGAGGAAUAAAAAUCAAUUUUAGAUCUUCAG